CAUACUAAAAAUCCUCGCACCAAACACUCUAUAUAUUUGGCUCCACUUUAGACAAAUUCUUAAUUAUACUACAAUGACUUCUCCCCUUAUUUCAGCUGUCUCUAAUAAUAUUUUAGAGAUUGAAGCAAGUAGCAGAGAGAAGGUAUCAAGCAAUAAAGGAGGAGAAGAAGAGAAUGGAAUUAGUUUGACAUGGAAGGAUCUAUGGGUGACUGUUGCUGCUUCUUCUUCAAAAGGAAAGAUGAAAGAAAACAAAUCAAUUCUUGAUGGUCUAACUGGUUAUGCAAAACCAGGUCAACUUUUGGCCAUAAUGGGUCCUUCUGGUUGUGGAAAAUCUACACUUCUUGAUGCUUUAGCAGGGAGAUUAGAUUCUAACACAAGACAAUCAGGGGAGAUUUUGAUCAAUGGCAACAAACAAGCAUUGGCUUAUGGAACCUCGGCAUAUGUGACACAAGAUGAUACAUUAUUAACAACCUUAACCGUUAAAGAAGCAGUAUACUACUCAGCUCAACUUCAAUUGCCUGACACAAUGUCAAAGCAAGAGAAGAAAGAAAGAGCAGACUUUACAAUCAAAGAAAUGGGUCUACAAGAUGCAAUUAACACAAGAAUUGGAGGGUGGGGUGUUAAAGGAAUAAGUGGAGGUCAAAAAAGGAGAGUCAGCAUUAGCAUUGAGAUUCUAACACGUCCUAGACUUCUGUUUCUUGAUGAACCAACAAGUGGACUUGAUAGUGCUGCUUCUUACUAUGUUAUGAAAAGAAUAGCUUCUUUGGAUAAAAAAGAUGGAAUUCAAAGGACUAUUAUUGCCUCAAUCCAUCAACCUAGUACUGAAGUUUUUCAACUUUUCCAUAAUCUUUGUCUUUUGUCUUCAGGUAAAACUGUUUAUUUUGGACCUGCUUCUGCUGCUUCUGAGUUUUUUGCUUUGAAUGGAUUUCCUUGUCCUCCUCUCCAAAAUCCAUCUGAUCAUUUACUUAAAACUAUAAACAAGGAUUUUGAUCAGGAUAUUGAGAUGGAUUUAGCAGAGAUCAACAAAACAAUUUCCACAGAGCAAGCAAUUGGUAUCCUUGUAAGCUCCUAUAAAUCAUCUGAAAGAAACCAAGAAGUUAAAAAUGAAGUAGCAGUACUAUCUAAUAAGGAUAACAAUUCAACAUACAAGAUGAAAAAACAUGCUGGCUUUCUUAAUCAAUGCUUAGUUCUUACAAGAAGAUCUUUUGUGAACAUGUUUCGUGAUCUUGGCUAUUACUGGUUACGCCUUGGCAUAUAUAUAGCAUUGUGUAUAAGUUCAGCCACUAUCUUUAAUGGUUUGGAUAAAAGUUAUGGCUCAAUUCAGGAUAGAAGUUCAUUUCUUAUGUUUGUGUUUUCAUUCCUUACUUUCAUGACCAUUGGUGGAUUCCCUUCUUAUGUGGAGGAUAUGAAGGUAUUUGAACGUGAAAGACUAAAUGGACAUUAUGGUGUUACUGCAUAUGUGAUUGGGAACACAUUUUCAUCUAUUCCAUAUUUGUUGAUGAUUUCACUGAUUCCUGGAGCUAUAGCAUAUUUCCCUCCUGGACUUCAAAACGGAUUUGAACACUUUCUAUAUUUUUUUUGUGCUCUAUUUUGUUGUCUAAUGUUAGUAGAGAGUCUUAUGAUGAUAGUUGCAAGCAUUGUUCCUGAUUUUCUAAUGGGAAUCAUAACUGGUGCUGGAAUUCAAGGAAUGAUGAUGUUGGCUGGUGGAUUCUUUAGAUUGCCAAAUGAUCUUCCAAAGCCAUUUUGGAGAUAUCCUAUGUACUAUAUUUCAUUCCAUAGAUAUGCUUUUCAAGGAUCUUAUAAAAAUGAGUUUGAAGGCCUAAAAUUUAAUAGAGGUGAUGGAAUUGGUGGUUACAUUAGUGGUGAAGAGAUUUUGAGAAAUACAUUUCAUGUAGAUAUGAGUUACUCAAAGUGGGUUGAUCUUGGAAUAUUGUUGGGUAUGAUUGUUUUGUAUAGAGUUUUGUUUUUGAUUAUUAUCAAAACUAUUGAGAAGCUUAAACCUUUUGUUGUAUCACUUAUGUCAGUGUCUCCUAGGAAAAAAUUACAAGUAUUGGAGAAACCUAGUGACACUCCUUUACAUGGAGAAAUUGUAUAAUUUAAUGGGGUCUUCUUUAGGGGAGAGAGCUUAAUGUUUUUUCAAGUUUAAUUGAUAGCAUUAUCCUUAUCUCUUGAUUAUAGUUUAGUGGUUGCCUGGUUGGGUGGGGGCAAACAUUUUUUUUUCUUCUUCUGAUCGGUGUAAUACUCUUUGUACAUCAUUGGUGUAAUAAUCUUCUUAUUUGUUUACACAGCAUAUAAGAUUUUGUUUUAAAUCGUAAGGGAUUAAAUACCCGAUACACUCCUUUAUAAUUUUAAUUUCCUGAUUAAAAAAAGUUAUGUAAAAAUUGUAUAACUAAUUUUAAGCAAAUAAAUAAAAUAGAUUCUACUCA